CUCGUUUGUGCUCAGAAAACCAUCGCACAAGUGCUGGUGCAUCUGCACAGAGGAGACUACGUGGCGGCGGAGAAGUGUGUGCGGGAGAGCUACAGUAUCCCAGGAUUCAGCGGGAGCGAGGACUGUGUGGCCGUGGAGCAGCUUCUGCAGGGUUACGAUGAGCAGGAUGAGGAGCAGGUUUCUCUUGUCUGCACUUCACCGCUGCUCAGAUACAUGGACGACGACUAUGCGAAGCUUGCCAUCAGCCUGAAAGUGCCUGGAGGAGGGAAGAAGAAAGCUGCUGCUGCUGCUGGCAGAGAUUCAGAAGUGAGUGCUGGAGCCGCGCCGCCGGAGGAAGAGGAGGAUGAGUAUGCCGGAGGCCUCUGUUAAAGCUCUAGUCUACCAAACCUAGCCUGACACUCCUCCACGAAGGUGCAAGCAUGAGCCCCAAACAUUAUAA